UGACAGCCGCGCCGCCAUUCAGCGCUCCCGCCGCCGCCGCCGCCGCCGGCGGAGGGCAGCGAGCGCCCAGGGCAGCCCCGGCGGCAUCUCCUCCACGGGAAGGAUCUCUCUCUGGCCUCAUCCCGCCGGGCGCUCCGCCCGCGCAGAGCCGCGGGCAGCGGCGUGGAGGUGUUCUUGGAAAACGUGCCGGCACUUUGGAGCUGAAGAAGGACAUGAGGAGUAAAAGAACCUGGGAUCUCACUGGUCAGAAUGAAACAGAUGUUGAAAGAUUUUUCAAAUCUAUUGUUAGUAGUGCUCUGUGACUACGUUCUUGGCGAAGUGGAGUAUCUCCUGUUGGAGCGCCCAGGUCAUGUAGCCUUCAGCAAUGACACAGUGCCUGUGGAAUAUCAGUACUAUAAUGGUGGUAAUGUGACAGCAGAGUAUGCAUCCAUCCUUUUGCUGGAUGCCAGCACCAAUGAGAUAAUUGCAAGAAAACAGCUUCCAGCAAAUCAGUCCCAGGGGACGGUAGAAUUUGAGUGUUUCCAUUUCAAGAGUGCUGGUGAUUUCUUGUUCAGAAUGGUCUCUCCCAGUGAUAACAGCAGUGCUGCCCAGUGGAGCAGAAGCAGCGUGUCCACCCUCCAUGUGGAAUGGCCUGUGUUUCACAUUGAUUUGAACAGGAGUUCAGAGGUGUUUGGGAGCUCCCUUCAGGUUGGACUUUUUACAAAUGAGCAGUUGUGUGCCAUGAACGAGACUGUGAUUUCGCUGGAUGUGAUAUUCACCAGCACCCUUUAUGAAUUCAGAAGAGUAAGCUCGGAUGAGACUCUGGGCAUUAGAACUAGCAAAGGAAUCCCACUCUCUAGGUCCCAGUGGGUAAAGUUUGACUGCCCACCUGUUGGUCAAGAAAUAUACCUCACUGUGUUACUCACAUCGUUAGAAACACAUUCCGUCAUUGCCUCCAUAGGACCUGUAGAUCUUCUGCACAAAUUUGGAUGCAGACUGGUUGUGGCAGCAGAAGCCACAUGCAAAACUUUGGUUCAGGUCUUCGUAAUCUCUCCACCGUGCGCUUCUAUCAGUGGAAAAAUUGUCGUCUAUAAAGAGGCUCUCAAGCAUCCAAGUCAAAGAACAACUUGGCUGUAUGAAAACGCCCUUCACCCAGGAGACAACAGGACAGAAUUUAACUGCACUUUGUUUGAUGUGGGGAAGAACAAAUACUGCUUUGACCUCUUUAAUUUCUCAAACCGAAGCUAUUUCCCAACAAGAGUUAAGGAGUGUAUAAUGAUCCAAAGGAAUACGGAAGCAUGGAGCCCGUGGCAGCCCUGGAGCCCUUGCAGUGUCACCUGUGGGGAUGGCAUCCGGGAGCGCUUCCGAGAGUGCCUCACCUCCUCGCCAGCAAACCCAGGCUGCGCUGGAUCACCGAGGGAGGCUUCCCUGUGUUCGCUGGAGGAGUGUGCGUCUGUCAAGCCUCCCACCCCGCCUCCUGUCCAGCCAGGAGAGAACCGGAAAGCAGAUAAUAUAGUUACCAUCACAGGUAUUUCUGUAUGCUUGUUUAUCAUCUUUACCACCAUUCUUAUCACCCUCUGGAGGAAACUCUGCAGAGCUCAAAAAUGCAGUACCGCUGUCCGACGAAACUCUGUCCAUUCCCCUGGCUUCCGGAAAAACUCCGACGAGGAGAACAUUUGUCAAGGCAACAAGCAGCGGGACAGCUUUGCUGAAGGAGGGGAUGCCCUUGUUAACAUUCCUCUGACCUAUAGGCGAAGCCUCCAAUUUGCCCAAGAAGAUGAUGCCUCUGGAAGUGAAAACUUGCAGCCAAAUGCCCAAAAAAUAAUCCCUCCGAUUUUCAGCUACCGCCUGGCACAACAGCAGCUGAAAGAGAUGAAGAAGAAAGGCCUGACGGAGACCACUAAGGUGUACCAUGUCUCUCAGAAUCCCCUCACGGACACAGUUGUUGGUGCCACCGCGAUGCUUCCCCUGAGCCAGGAAAGCCAAGAGGAGGUAGCAGCAAACAAAUUUCGGAUCAAAUCUCCAUUUCUGGACCAGCCAGCCAGUCAGCACAAAUUCCUGGGGGAAAGCUCUCACCCCAGGCUGGAUUUUCCAUUCUCACAGGCCAAUCCUGCAGUGAGCCCUACCCAAACCCUAGUAAGAAGAGCUCAUUUCAAGCACCAGGAUAACAGAGCAGACUUGCCCGAGAGGGGCUGUCACAGAAACUCACAGUUUAGAAGAACAGCCAGUUUCCAUGAAACUAAAAAGGCCAGGCCUUUCAGAGAGAGAAGCAUGUCCACUCUCACACCCCGACAGACUCCUCUCUACAACUCCAGGACCAGGACAUGGGACCAGAGCUUGGAGGACAGAACACGGCCAAAAUCCAGAAAUGCUAAUCCAGCGUGUGAAAAGCUGGAUCAGCCCCACAACACUGUGCUGGGGUGUGAACCACAGGGCCAUGGCACAAAGUCCCACCACAGGGCAGGUCCCCCAGUGAGGAAGCUGGACCUGAUCACUGACCGCCAGCCUGCUGGUCAGGAGAAGGCAGCUGAAAAACCUGAGCCCAGCCGAAGUAAGAGGGGCCCUUCACCUAACCCCAGAGGCAUGUGGCGGAAAGAAACGGGCUCAAAUGGCAAAGAUAAUUCCCAGAGAGGCCUGAGUGUAAGCCCUGCCCAGCACCGUAGGGACAAGUGCCAGAGCUUCCCCUUGGACCCUGAGUUUGCCUUUUAUGAUAAUAGUACUUUUGGCUUAACAGAGGCAGAGCAGCAGAUGAUUGACCUCCCUGGGUAUUUUGGUUCGAAUGAAGAAGAUGAAACAAGUACUCUAAGCAUUGAGAAGCUGGUGAUCUGAGUGACUCAUUGCGGCCCUGCAGGAGGGGCAUGCGUGGUAGAGAAUCUGCUGGAUCAGUUGGCUUCUGGUAGAAGAAGCAACAGGAAUCACGUUACCUUCACAUGGAGCAGGAGGGAAUAAUGCCUCAGAUCUGGCUUGUGGGAUACAUAUUCCUUUCUAAUUACUGAAAAGUGCUUUCAUAUAAUAUUUUUUUGUAUGCACGUGUGUACAAUACACACAAAAUACGCUGGGAAAGCACAUGUUAGUGAAGACAUGACCCAGGAAUAGCCAAUAGAUUUUAUUGCCUAAAGCAGUCAUGUUUCAUGAAUCAAAGAUGAUGAGUGCCACUGAUCUAGCCUUUCACACCUUGUGGACUCUGUACUAGUAGACUGUGACAUACUGAGGCAUCCAUUGUACGGCAUCCUCAACCAUCUGCCCUGAUUAAUGAAUGAUUUCCCAUUUAGAAAGGACAAACUUCUAGUGGUGAGCAGUUUUUAUCAUUUUUCUGGUUAGCGUCAUUGAACUGUUGUAGUUGCUCAAAUAAGUCAUCUGGUGAGGGUUUUUUAGCGGGUUGCAUGGAAGUGCAAACAAUUGAUGCUGAAUACUUGGAGUGAAUUUAAAAUUGAGGAGGCAUUUUUCAUCAUUCAAGACUUUGAUAUUUUCUUUCUGUCAAUAUUUAUGCCAGGAAAACAAUGAUGUACAGAUAUUUGCAAGAAAUUUUUAGAAAAGGCAUGCUACAGGGAGGGCAAAGAAAACAGAUGAUCAGAUUUUAGUCCUUGCAGAAAUGUUACUGCAGAAUGUUACCUGUAAAAAGCACUGAGAACUGUUGAAUCAUGCAUCCUUUCCAUAAUUAUCCUUUCCUUUAUUAAUUUUUUUAAAUGUAAAUAUAUUGACAACAAUACUACUACAGCAAGAUCAAAAUAAAUUAAGAACAAAACCAGCAAACAACAAGAUUAUUGGUUAAUACCUGUUAUGUUAACAAAAAUUAAAAAUAAAAUGACAACAUCUGGUGAUUCACAGAGAA